AUGGCUGCAACGGCUGUUGACAAAAAGCUAGCAGAAAGUAUUGCUUCUGAGCAUUUGCGUCUCGCAGAUAAGUGCUUGAAAACAUCUCUUUUUAAAUGGAAGCCAGAUCAUGAUGGUGCUGCCGCAGAGUAUCUCAAAGCAGCCACAGUGUUUAGAAAUGCAAAAGCUUUUGACCAAGCCAAGGAAUCCUACAUAAAGGUCGGAGAGCUGUUGAAAGCCGUGAACUCUCCUUUUCAAGCUGCCAAGGCGUAUGAGCAAGCCGGACUACUCUGCAAGGAGAAUGAAGAGUUUGAUGAGGCUGUCCAUUGGAUGGAGCUUGCGGCUCUCAUGUUCCAGGAACAUGGUACCCCAGAUACUGCUGCACUGUGUCUUGAAAAAGCUGCCAAAAUGGUAGAAGAAGACAAACCAGAGAAGGCCAUACAUCUAUACACAAAGGCCAGUGAGGUAGCAGAAAUUGAAAACAGGCCCAUACAGAGUGCAGAGUGCAUUGGAAAAGCAGCGAGAUUGCAAGUGAAGUGCUUCAAAUUUGAAGAUGCCAUCAAGUCCUUAUGUGAAGAGAUCAGAUAUUGGCUGGAGGCCGAGAACUAUGUGUGCAUCAACAAGGUCUCCAUGGCGGUCAUCCUGCUGUAUCUAACAGGCGAGGAGUAUGUUGCUGCUGACAAGUUUUUCAGGGGCUGUCUGAAUUACCCAAAGUUUGGGACCAGUGAAGAGGCAGGAGCCCUGGAAGAAUUAUUGAGGGCGUAUGAUGAUGGAGAUGAGGAAACCGGCCAGGCAGUGUUGGAUAGACCAGUGUUCAAGUCUCUGGAUAACGUGUUUGCAAAACUGGCCAGAGAUUUGACAUUUCCCAGUGGCUUCUGUACGUCAGAAUCGGCUGCUGCUACAGAUUGUGAAAACCUGCCUGCUGAAGAAGAUGGGGAGGAGAAGGAACUUGAUCCAAUGAAAAGGAACAUUAUGGAAGAGGAUGAGGGGGAGGAGAAAGUUGCUGCAGUGAGAAGUAACAUUGUAGAAGAGAAUGAAGGGGGAGAGAAAGUUGCUCUGUUGAGAAGUAAUAUAAUUGAAGAGGAUGAGCUACCCCCAGAACUGUGUUAA